AAAAGUAAAUAAAGCUUCUCUGACUUUUACUGGUACCGAUACUCGUGGCGCUUAUACGAACUAAAACCAGGGAUGUGAAUAUGUGCAGCUCGCCUUUCUUAAAGGAUUUUAUGGCAUAUACAACAGGGUCCGAAGUCCAUGAAAGUUUUGCUGAUAAGAGGAGCCAAUAAAAGCAGCAGUGCAGCAGAGUAAACACGUCUACCUCUGCUCAGAACGGGCCUUCUCCUGAGGAUUUACAUAAAGCAGCCAUCAGCCGGCCCACUCAUUACCAUGUUUUAUAUUCCCCUGCUCUCAGAAAGCAUCAUGGCAAAGUAGCUCCAUCCUCCCCUUCAACAGGGAAGUGAAGCUUCUCGGAGCAGGUGUAAGCAGCCGAAAACUCCCCAUAGAUUUGUAACUUAGAGGAAGACAGGAACUUUAUUUUAACUUUUCUCCAUUUUCCCUUUCCCCUCCCGGCGCACAGCAGACAUAUGUUGUGUUUUUAAUGUUCUCUAAAAUGUUAUCGAAGCUGACAUCCCUUCAGCAGGAGCUCCUCAGCGCCUUGCUGGACUCAGGAGUUACCAAAGAUGUUCUGAUCCAGGCCCUGGACGACUUGGACCCCAGCCCGCCGGGCUUUGGAGUAAAACUGGAGAAUCUGCCCAUGUCGCCCGCUCCUCCUCAGAGCGGCAAGAUAAACGGAGCGGACGCGGACUCAAAACCCGUUUUCCACACACUUACCAACGGUCACAGCAAAGGCAAACUGUCCGGGGACGAAGGCUCCGAGGACGGGGACGACUACGACACCCCGCCGAUACUGAAGGAGCUCCAGUCGCUCAACACGGAGGAGGCCGCCGAGCAGAGGGCGGAGGUGGAGCGCAUGCUGGCAGAGGACCCAUGGCGAGCUGCCCGCAUGAUCAAAGGUUACAUGCAGCAGCACAACAUCCCCCAACGGGAGGUGGUGGACAUCACUGGGCUGAACCAGUCUCACCUCUCCCAGCACCUCAACAAAGGCACGCCCAUGAAAACACAGAAGCGAGCAGCCCUUUACACCUGGUAUGUCAGGAAACAACGGGAAAUUCUUCGACAGUUCAACCAGGCAGCACAUGGUUCAGGUAGCAGUAUGUCUGACAAAGGCAAUCAGGAUCCAGCAUUUUUUUUCCCAGAGUACAACCCAUCUGGUCAUGGCAUGGGUCAACCUGGUGAUGAGGUCGGAAGUGAGCCUUCCUGUAAGAAAAUGAGAAGGAACCGUUUCAAAUGGGGGCCCGCGUCGCAGCAAAUCCUCUACCAGGCCUAUGAACGGCAGAAAAAUCCAAGCAAGGAGGAGAGGGAGGCAUUGGUAGAAGAGUGCAACAGAGCUGAGUGUCUUCAAAGAGGUGUUUCUCCCUCCAAAGCUCAAGGCCUCGGCUCUAACCUGGUCACAGAAGUGCGAGUUUAUAAUUGGUUUGCAAACCGCCGCAAAGAGGAAGCCUUCAGGCAGAAGUUGGCUAUGGACGCCAUCACUGCCCCAACACACACCAUCAACCCGCUGCUGUCACACAGCUCGCCACAUCAUUCCCAGACCAGCGCUUCACCUCCCAGUAAGAUGCCAGUGCGUUACAGCCAAGGCCCAGGUGAGGUCACCUCCUCCUCCUCCAUCAGUCACCACAGCAGCAAUGCCAUGGCAACCAGUCAGUCAGUGCUCCAGCAGGUGUCUCCAGGAGGACUGGACCAUAGCCACAGUUUGCUGUCACCUGACGCCAAGAUGAUUUCAGGUUCAGGUGGAGGACUUCCUCCCGUCAGCACAUUGACAAACAUCCACAGUUCCCAUCACGGUCAUCAGCAGACACAGAACCUCAUCAUGCCUCUGUCUGGAGUCAUGGCCAUAGCACAGAGUUUAAACACGUCACAGUCUCAGACAGUGCCAGUGAUCAACAGCGUGGCGGGCAGUCUUGCAGCGCUGCAGCCGGUACAGUUUUCCCAGCAGCUCCACAGUCCUCACCAGCAGAGCCUGAUGCAGCAGUCUCCCAGCCACAUGAGCCAGCAGCCUUUCAUGGCGACAGUCACACACUCACACAUGUAUUCUCACAAGCAAGAACCCCCACAAUACUCCCACCCGUCACGUUUCCCCUCAGCUAUGGUGGUCACAGACGCCAACAGCAUCAGCACUCUCAGCUCCAUGUCCUCAAGCAAGACGGAUGCUCCUGUAAACAAGAUGGUGCAACUUGGGGGUCUCUCCUGGUGUCCUCUUCAAGCUUGGUGAGAGCGUCCACCUGACUUCCUUGCUGCCCGGCAACCAGAGCACAUUUUUCCACCCUCUCACCGCGGUAACCAUGACAUCUCUUAAUAGCCUGUGACAGCGUGCUGGAUGAUGAGUCAGUCAACAAACACAGAGGAGUGACGAUGGUUGGGAGGCAGUGGAAAUGACAAAUGGGGACAGGGGAGUGAAAAAAAGAGUCUGGAUUCACCUUUGUGGCACAAAAAUGAUCAACAAGGAUUUAUGAUUUUAACACAAUCUUUAAAAAACAGUGUUCCGUUUUCCACACCCCCUUUUAAAAGUCACCUUCUGUUGUCACAUUUCAAAGGAACAAAAGCACCAAAAUGAACUUUGUGGACCUAAAUAAAGGCUUUGAGAUGGCUUUAACUGUGAUUUAAGGUGGAAAUAUGAGGACACAGUGACACUAACAGCGGCAGAUGUAAACGAGGAGGCUGAGGAACGCCUGUGCUGAAAGUUUGUUGCCUUGCUUGUGAGCAGCCUAUAUGACAAUCAGAAUAACCUGUAUUGAUCUUGUGCAUUCAUUCAUUCCUCACUUGGGCUUUAAAGGAGUCUUCCAUGUUAUUCUUUCACACUCAGUUUACUCUGCUUGCAUCAGUGCAAAUGAUGAAUGCCUGUUCAUAGUUUCAAGUUGUACAGUGUGUAUACUGUGAUUGAAAAGACUUUGACAAUCUUGAAAGGACUAUGCAAUGUGUUUAUAGGUGUAAGCAAUUGCUUUGUAUAACUGGAUUCUGCACAAAAAUCCACAAACUGGAGGCUGGACAUUAAACUGCAGUUGGAGUUUCUUGCAAAAUAACACAAAUGGAUGACUAUGUAAUAAAUAUACCAAAGAGUAGGAGUUAUAAAUGCAGGGAGUGACUCGCAAGCUUUAAAUGUAGCCCUUCCCCUCCAUGAAAACCUCUGACUGUUUGCACACAGGUUCAGGUGAAUUUCAGGAAUGGGACUCACCCUCCCUUUAUCUCUCCUGCUUCCUGCUGCAAUGUGAAAUAGGACAAAUAUUGUUAAUAACUCCUCAUUAUAAAUCAAGGCAGGAUCCCCCUGGGUUGAAUGAAAAUAUUGACAAGCAUUCAGAAACCAAACAGACAUUAAAGAGGACAGUGUUGUGACAGCAGUGGCUCUAAUCAUACAGGAAUCCAAAGAAGCUGUUGUGGGCCAAGACACCCACGCUGACAGUAUUAAGGUGUGUACAGACAGAGAAUUUGACCCUGAAUGGAGUAUUUCAUCCUGACUAUGACAUUUGCUACAUGCACUGGCUCCAAAAUUUGCAUCGAAUUAGUUUUUCUUUCACUAAAAUUCCCCAUAAGAUGUAAAAGCUGUUGUGAUCAUAAGUGUGCAGAUCCGGUCUCCUGCUCAAUAUUAGGUCAUUACGUUGUUAUUAUGAUGCAGUUGGUUUGUGACUGUUAUAGGCAUAUCUGCUGCCAGCUGAUCAGAGGGCACUCAUACCUGUGUGACUGGACAUGAUUUGUUUUCUUCCUUAUGUAUUAUUUUUGUAUAAAUUUAAAUCAGUCUUAAAAUCAUUAUUUAUACUUUCUGAAAGAAUAUUGGUAUUUGAAGUAAAAUGUUUGUUUUGUUCCCAAAAUGAACACAUUUCUGUGGUUAUUUUCAUUCACAUUGUCAUAUAGCAAAUGGGAUGCUCAGUGCUUGGUGCAUUUCUUAUUUACUUUUCACAUCACUUUUAAUAUAUAUCAAAGAAAGUGCUGCAGAAAUAAAUCUAUUGGAGUUAUAAGAGCAAUAAAUCCAACUGGAAUCUCGAUUCAUAAGACUUAAAAGUAAUGCUUUUCUCAGCAGUAGAAAGAACAGGUAGUUCAGCGUGUGUUUAUAACCUCGUCAAAUAUGUCGUGGUAUUGCAGUGUGAUAAGAAAACAGCCGCUUUGAAGUUCAUGGAUCUAAAGUGCACAUUUCAUUUCAGGCAGUAAGUUCACUGACCCCAACAUGUCGACAGCUCAACUCAGCCUUUAUCUGGUUGUAACCCUAAACGCACUGUAAAAAAUAGUUUCCAGCUAUGUAAUUGUGUAUACUAAAAAGUAUGGAGUUUGUAAUGACAUCAAGCAUUCAUUCAAUGGUGUUUUUGGUCAGGGUAACAAUCUUUUAUUAGCUCAGUUUUAGUUAUAAUGCAGUGCUGUACAAAAGAUUUGAACCACUCAUCGUUUCUUGAUGUUUUACUUCUAAAGAGCCAAACUUUCUUGUAAUCUUUUGAAGUGUUCUUGUGCAAAUAGCUUUCCAGCUUUCUAAAAAAAAAUUAAGUUUUCCUUUGAAUAUUAGAAAAUGUUUUUAAAAAGUGUAUUUUUAGUUCAGACAGGCAACAGGCUUAUUUGUAGUCAUGAAUCUUCCCCAGAGCCCAGACCCUCAACAUUAUUGAAGCAGAGUGGGAUUAUCUUGCCAGAGAAUGAAACAAAAGCCAACACCCAUAGAAGAGGUGUAAAAUGUCCUUGAAGAUGUCUGGAGAAUUAUUUCUGAAGAAUACAGAAAGCAAUGAAAGAAAAGUUUGCCUAAGAUGGUUCAAACUGUGUUAAUGAAUAUAGGUGGUCGAAUAUUUUUAUAUGUUAUUAUCUUAUUUACUACAUUUCCACCUGUGGUUGCACAUGUUUCAGUAUCACUGCAUAUAUUUCCUGUUUUUCUAGCAGUAUUUAAAGAAACAAGGGGUGACUCUAAACAUUUGCACUGUACUUUCUUUCUACCAUUUUAAAUAUAGUUAAACUUGUGUAUCAGAUUGAGUUUUUUUUAGGUCUUUGAAUCUGUAAAAUCUUAAUAUCCCAUUUAUUCUUUUGUUUAAUCAUUUAAAGUAUCUUCUCUUUAUCAUAAAAAAGGUUUUACGAGA